GAGAAAAUACAGAUGUAAAAAGUGCAAAAGAAAGAACGAAUGUUUGCUUUGGACAGAGAGAGGAAGAGAGCAAGCAGCAUCAUAAGUCUUCAUCUUCAUCAGUCUUCAUGGUCUUCGUCUUCAUGGCGUAACGUGCGUGCAGUUAGUGCGUCGGCGGCAUGAGAUUUAUUCGAUUUUCCAAGUGCGCCGUCUACAGUGACAAAUCGUGGACGUUCCUCGUAUUUUUGACGCCCUGAACGCGGCACCUUCUGUCUUGUGACGCGUGUUUCUUUCAUUUUACGAUUUAUAUAUAUCGAAUCGUCGAUAUGUCGGCACUUUGCGAAAGUAAGACUAGAGACGAGACUGGGGGACAGGAUGCCAGUGACACAGAAGAAUCCGCUAGUUUAACAAAGUCAGAGGUCUUACCGGAAGCAAGUAAAGAUAUGGAGAGUAAGGGUUCAAAGGGUACGCAAAGCAGGAAGCACAAGCUGUCUCCUGAUCGCGAGCGAGCAUCAAAAAUAGCAAAGCAGGACGUUGAUGCAGAUGUCUCGUCAGCUAGCACGAGCGUGCCGUCGGAUCUCACGACGUCUGGGAGUAACGAAAGGAAGAGCGACACAUCCGAUGUAAAAACAGUGACAGACAAUACUGUUUUAGUGGCUGAUCAUUAUAACGCAUUGGAGGAGAAAGGCCUCUCACAGAGGAACAAGAGUCGCAUUGUGUACAUGAGGAACUUCAACAAUUGGAUCAAGAGCAUGCUUAUAAAUGAAUAUAUAGUCAAAGUGAAGCAAGGUAAGAGCUACGGUGCCUCGCUGAGAGUGUUGGACAUGUGUUGCGGGAAGGGCGGUGACCUUCUCAAGUGGAAGAAGGCCAACAUCUCGCAUCUGAUCUGCGCGGAUAUAGCGCAGGUGUCUCUGGAACAGUGUCAACAGCGGUACAACGACAUGGUGAACGGAAAGGCCUCCAACAGAGGCUACGCUCCCAUUUACACUGCGGAAUUCAUAACGGCUGAUUGUACGAAGGUUCGCUUGAGGGAGAAGUUCAAGGAUCCCAGUAUGCAGCUGGACUUCGUCAACUGCCAGUUCGCGUUUCACUAUAGCUUCGAGUCCCUACCGCAAGCAGAGUGCAUGCUGAGAAACGCCAGCGAGAGCUUGAGGCCGGGCGGCUACUUUAUCGGAACCAUUCCAGACGCGUACGAUUUAGUUUCUAGGUGGCAAAAGUGCGACGGGAACAAAUUCGGCAACGAUGUAUUCAGCAUCGAGUUCUUGUGCGAAGAUAAGACGGAGGCACCGCUUUUCGGUGCCAAGUACAACUUCCAUCUCGAUGGCGUGGUCGAUUGCCCGGAGUUCCUCGUGUAUCUGCCUACUCUGCGCAAACUGGCGCUGAAGCAUGGUCUCGAGAUGGUGAUGUUCGAGAGGUUCGACGCUUUCUACGAACGUUACAAGAAUGAGGGCAGGUCCUUGCUGGGGAACAUGCAGGCGCUGGAAACCUAUCCGCCCUAUCACGAGACACCUCUACUCGGUGAUCCCGAGCGGGACUAUCAGCACGCCGUCCAGUACAUGCAGAAUCUGCCCGCGAACCAUCGCAAAAUCGGCACGUUGUCGCAGUCGGAAUGGGAAGUUACUUCGUUGUACGCGGUUUUCGCGUUCCAAAAAAUGAAAACGAUCUGGAACAGCGAGGGGAAGCCGGAGUACGUGAAGUCGUGAAGUCCUGCGGCGGAACUAGAAAUAGGUCAAGUCUUGAUAAUUUUACAAAUCGAUUGUACAAAUGAAUUUGUUACUAUAGAAUAAUAUUAUCUCCGUGAUGAUACUUGUAGGAAAUUGCGUUUCAUAGUCGACAAUCAUGGAAGAUACCAAUAGCACUGAAAACUUCAUUCAGAUCAAAUGCAAGCUUCUUAUUAUGAAUCAUUAAUUUGAUGGCAUUUUUUUACAUGGAUUACAUUUCCAUGAAUUACAUGGAUAAGUAUGUUGUCCAACGUACAAUUCUAAAUAUUUUGUGAUGUUGAUGUUUUAAACAGGUUUGCACAACUAUAGCCAGAGAAAUGUAUCGUCUCUUCUGAUUAAAUUAUCAUUAUUAACAUAAAUUUA